UAAUUUGAAAGGAAAGCUACGCGACGCCAUUUGCAAUACUACGCGUGCUUUUUUGGAAUCUGCUCUCAUCGCAUUAUAAUUGUGUAUCUGAAAAUAUUGAAAUUUUUUAUGCAGAAAUAAUAGUAACAAAUUAGAAAAAUGAGCCCUACUAUAGAUCCUAGUAAACUGAAAGUGACUGAGUUGAGAGAAGAACUACAAGCCCGCGGAUUAGAUACAAAAGGAAACAAGCCGGUACUUGUGAAGCGUCUCAAAAAAGCUUUGGAAGAAGAGCUUAAUAAAGAAUUACCAGAUACUUCCAUAGCUGAUACAUCCACUGAAGAUCUUGAUUGUUCACGUACUGAUGAAGCAAGUAUAAAUGAGGCUGAACCUGAGCCUGAAGCAGAGGUAGAAUCUGAACAAGAAUCGAAGACAGUAUCGGAGACUGUACCUGAUGAAAAAGAUGUUGAAACAUCACCAGAAGAAAAUGUUGAUGAACCUACUGGCGCUACCGAAAAUGUGGAUGCAUCUGUUAUUGAUGAAAAAACCAAUGGACAAGAUACAUCCAAAAUAGAACCUAUUGAAAAUAAACAAGAACCUAAAGAUGAAGGAGAGAAGGAAGUGAGUUCAGAUAAAAAUGAUGUAGAAAUGAAAGAAGUAUCUGCAGUAUCUGAAGAUAAUCAAAAAGGUGAAAAAAGAAAGAGAUCUGAUGAUUCUUCAGAAAGUGCUCCUAAAAAGAAAGUUUUUAAAAUAACUGAAGAUGAACCAGAUAUUGAUCCCACCAAAGUUCUUCUGAGUUGGUAUGAUUCUGAUUUGCAUUUGAUUGUGGACAAGCAGUCCUUCUUAUCUGCUAAACCAAUUCAUGACGGUUUAUUUGGAUAUGCAUGGGCGGGCGUUAGAGCAACACAUGGUAUUAAUGCUGGAAAGGUACGUUAUGAAGUUAAACUUACUGAAGAAAUGAAUUGGGAAGAUUUCACUAAUCAACGUAGAGAAAGACAAGAAAAAGCAAAAGAAAGACGCGAAAAGGAAAAGCAGAAACAAAAAAAUCAAUCUAAAGCUGAAGAAGCUAAAAAAACAGAUUCCAAAAGUGAAACUGAUGAUACAAAGGAAAGCGAUGAAAAACCUAAAGAUGAACAGAUGGAUGUAGAUGAUAAGUCGAAUGAGGUAGAAAAGUCUGAAAAUUCCAAUGAAGAAAAUGCAACUGCGACUGUUGAAGAAACUAAAAUGGAUACCCAGGAACCCACAGAAACCUCAAAAGAUGAAGAAGCUGAUAAUAAAGUCUCUGAAUCUAAAGAAGAUGAAAAUAAAGUAUCAUCUGAAUCUAAAGAAGAAGAAAGCAAGGAAUCAUCUGAAGUAAAGGUAGAAUCCGAUUUGCCUAAUAAUGAACAGAAAGAUAAUACUGAAGAACCUGAGAAGGAAGUUGUUGAACCUACCCAACCAAUUCUCACUCAUAUAUUCAGGACUGGUUGGUCUAUUGGAAAAACUAGUUUACAAUUGGGAGAAGAAAAUCAUUCAUUUGGGUAUGAAUCUACUGGUAAAUUUGUUUCCAAUAAAGAAUUCAAGGAUUUUGCUGCAUCUUAUAAGCUGGGAGAUGUUGUUGGUGCAUAUUUGAGUAUCUCAACCGAAAAUGUUGAAAUGAGAUUCACUGUAAAUGGUGAACUUCAACCAGAAGUUAUAUCAAUACUACGUACUGAAUUACCAGAAGAUAACUUUGCACUAUUUCCUCAUGUAUUAUCUAGAAAUUUCGGUUUUGAGUUGAAUCUAGGAAACAAGGAAGAAGCAUGGUUCCCCUGCCCUGAAGGAUUAGAAGAUUAUUCUUUCCUUCAAGCUGUUGAAGAAAAAAUUGUAGGACCUGUAAGACCAGAGAAAAGAGAAGAAUGCGAGGUUAUAAUGAUGUGUGGUUUACCUGGAUCUGGCAAGACACAUUGGGUAAAUGAAUAUUUGAAAGCCAAUAAUGAUAAACCAACAAAUGUAAUUGGAUCGACACAUUUGUUGGACAGGAUGACCGUACAUGGCCAACCUUUGAAAUCUACGUACAAUGGUCAGUGGAAUAUACUGAUGGAAAAACUGCAAAGAUGUCUUAACCGCCUUGGUGAUAUUGCCGCACAACGUAGGAGAAAUUAUAUACUUGACCAGACAAACGUGUUUCCAUCGGCCCAACACCGCAAAUUGCGGGCUUUUGAGGGCUUCAAGAGACGUGCCGUGGUUGUAGUUGUUGGUGAUGAAGAAUACACUAAGCGCCAAUCUCUGAAGGAAGCAGCAGUCGGUAAAGAUGUCCAAGAAUACACCAUUAUGGAAAUGAAAGCAAACAUGUCAUUGCCAACUCCGGGAGAUUUGUGUGAUGAAGUAAUAUACUCAGACUUGAAUGAAGAAGAGGCUAAAGCUAAGGUGUCUCAAUACAACACUGAAGGAAAGGCAGCAGUUAACCAGAAGAGAAAAUAUAGAGACGAUAAUAAAAAUCGAUAUUAUAAUCGCGCACCAUAUAAUCGCGGAGGUAAUUAUCAUGACAGGGGACCUCCAAGGUAUGACAGGGGACCUAGAAACUGGAACCAGUUACCUCCAGGGCGUAACCCAAGGGAUAGACGACCACCACCUCCUCCUAUGUCAGGAGGCCGCGAUUGGAUGAGAAAUAACAGAGGACCUCCACGUCCUGUAACCGACAGAAAUUCUAGGGAUAGCAGGCCCGUGAAUUAUAACAGAAACCGUAACCAAAGUGGCGGCGGAAGGUCAAACUGGCAAUCUGGAGGCAAUGGCUAUGGUCAAGGCGGAUGGGGUGGCCAACAGGGAAAUUGGAAUUCUGGCAACCAAGGUUGGGGAUCCAAUUAUCAGCAACAGGGAAAUUGGAAUGCCAACAACCAGAAUGACUGGAAAUAUGGAGGGGGUAACAACCAAGGCUAUAAUCAGCAAGGUUAUGGACAAAAUUGGAAUAACUAUUACGGACAAUACUCUCAGAACUGGUCAGGCCAAUAUCCUUGACAGGCGCAACAGUCAGAUGGGAGCUCCAAUCAGUAUGCACAGUGGGCUCAAUACGCUCAGCAAUAUGCCCAAGGACAAAAUGCAAAAUACACCAAUGCUACUUCUAAGAAAUGAAACCCCCUGCAGGAGAUAGUUAAUGCCUUUAUUUAUUGACCCUCUGUCUUCUGAAAAAUGUUAAAUUUAAUGAUAUCUUAAUCUUUUUUCAUAAUUACUAAAUUUAGUUCGAUCUCUACUAAUGAAGAUGUGUAAUUUUUGUAAUAUUGUAAAAAAAUGGUUAUAGGUUUAUUGAUUCUGAAUGGGGUUUUGUAAUUUUAAUAUUGUAUAUAAAAUUUAAAGUACAAGUCAUUUUAGCUUGGUUUGUUUGAUGUUAGAGUGUACAAGUAUUAUAUUUUAUUAUUAGAUCAUUUCAAUUAUGGAUUUCACGUAAGUGUAAUAUAAAAUAUCAGAUGAUAAUUGUAUUUACUUUACUAUAAAGUAUAGAAUUUUUCCAGAAA